GUUCUCGAGCUCUUGAUACCAAAUCCGUCGUCUUUGUGACUGCUCACCAAUUUCCUUUGGUAUUUUAUCUAUUUCAGCCUGGGAAGUAGAAGCAGAGUAAACGGCCAUUCCAACUUCGAAAGGAUAUAAUAUCGUGUUUUUUUUAGAUUAAUUUUGACGAACACAGUCCACAAGAGGGGAAAUUUGAAGAAGUAUAAAUCAAGACACAUCUGUUUUUCGUCGACAAAUUACUAGCUAGCCAAGUAACGUUAGCAAAAAGAUCUUCAGCCAACGUUUCGGGGGAAAAAAACUUUCUUUCGCAACAUAACCUACCGAGUUAACUUUUGCUUUUUUUAUUUGAUAUUAAUAUUAAUAUAAAACCUGGAUUACGAUAAAGGAAAUAUCAUUUCCUAACUAUUUUCUCGUUCUCCAUUCCCCUUUGUGUGGAAUUGGGGGCGUGUGUUUCUCCUCUGCUCACAACCAGGAAGUGGCUGCUGCGCCAUUUUCAUGCACUUUCCUGCGCCAUCUCAAAACUUUGAGAAUCACUCCCAGUAACCGACGGUAACACCUGAAUCUCUGGACACCCGAAGUAGACCAACUUGAAAGAAGAUUGGAAGACUGCGCAGCUUUUGGUUAGCUGCGUUAACGUGAACUCUGGUGCAAGGGACUGAAUUUGGUUAUCGAUUGUCAAGUGACGAUAGCCAGUUAACUAAAUUUCAUUUCGCAUUAGUCAAUGUAUUAUUCUCUCAUAACGACAUUGCAGUCAUGCUUGGGGAAACACUCAUUCAGCGUAUCGAAUCAAACCUCGACAAUAUCAAGAACAACAAGCCCUCGGGUUUGACAUCGCAUCAUGCAGGGGCCAGUCUGAACAAAACAAGGCAAGUUCUACUGAAGAAAGGAGGCAGGAGAUUCCGUUCGUCUCCAGCGGGUUUGCAGGGGCGACACCAUCACUGCCCACAGCAACAUCCAAAACACCCCGGUGUGCUAAGGAGCAACCCCACACGCUUCACAGACAUCAACAACAACACGGUUGUAGCCGGAUCAAAACCCCCUGUAUCGUCAAGCGCAGAGACUGCUGCUACUCGUACACAGACCACGGUAUUAACACUCCACCACCUCAAACAGGGAGCCAAGAAAGAGCUGCUGAAGACAAAGACUGGGAGAGGUGAAAAGGCGUCUCAGCCAGGUGGCCAGCCCCUACAUAGCUUCAAUAAGCACGAGCAUACUGGCCAGAACCUGAAUGUUCGCUGCCAGAAGAACAAGCACAGUAAUGCACUUGGUAGCGUUCCAUCAGGCAAGAGAAACGACAACAGCUGCCGCCAGAAGCCUUCGUCGCCCCUCGAGCUCUACCGCAGAGGGGGAAAAAAGCCUUUGAACCUGACUGGCAGUGUCACUAUUGUGAAUGUGAGCCCAGCCGAGCCUACGGAAGAAAACCUCAAAGACGGCGAGAAGACCUACGCUGGAGCAAAGUUCAGCGAACCUCCUUCCCCCAGUGUUCUGCCAAAGCCGCCCAGCCAUUGGAUGGGAGAGAAAGCCCCCGUACAUUCCGAUAACAGUCGAGAGCAAAUGACUGUCCAUUUAAAGACUCUGCUGAAGGUCCAGGCAAUGCCAUGAAUUCGGUUUAGGAAGUCAUAUGUUAAAAAAUUGGAAUCGGUAAAAAAAUACAUCUUGUUGAAAAUUGGCUCUGAAGAACAAUUGAAGACGACUGGAAACAAACCAUGUUGCAACAUAAAGUUUCGUUUUUGGACUGUAGUUAGAUUUUUACGCAUUUGUGCGGAACAGCGGCCUUGGUGCGUUUAAAUGAAUUUUUAAUGAACUUGUGUGAAAUGUAAAUAUUGUAAAAACAUGUAAUAUUUGUGUAUAUUUUUCAUGUUAUUUUAACAAAAAGUAUAGUUUUGUUACUGAAGCUAAACACAUGUACACCAUGAGUUGGUGCACUUUAUAUACUGUUCCAUCGCUAGACAGCAAUACCCAUCAGGGCGCACAAAGUAAGAAACGGCUGUCUUUCUUACACAUUUGCACAUGAGUGAAAACCAACACAAGUUCUUGAGUUUAGAGCUUACAGCAAAUUGUGGCCCCCGUGGUUUUGUGAACCCCGGGCCACUAUGAAUGGCUGCUAUCGCCUGAAUGCACUGCAGUGAAUCCCCACGCUCCAUGCGGCAGUCUCAGGGGAGUCCAAAAAGCUGAAGCGACAAUGUGAACGUCUCAAAAAAAUCAAGAAUCCUUGAUCACGGAUGAAACUGCCUGGAGAAAAAAAAAUCUUUAAAUUAUUAUACAUUUUUUUGUUGUUGUAAACUGGCGCUAUUUUUCCAUGUAAAAAACAGUGAGAUCCAUGUAAUAACAGGAGAAAUUUGACAAAUAGAGUGUUAUCAAUAACAGUGUCCACAAAAGUAUUUUCUAAAAUUGACUGAGGCUCAUUUAUAUUGAACACCCCCUCCCCACCAAAUAUAAAAAAGACAGGCAGCUAUUUUUUCAUCUAGUUGAACUGCGCAGAUGGAGAAAAGAUAAUUCAGUACCAAAAAUAAGUAACUUUUGUUGCAACAAUGGUUUUAUUAAACAUUCCAGUUUUUAAAAAAUCUCUAAAAGAAGAAUGCUUAUAUCCCAUAUAAUAAUUGGAAAGCUGUGUGGUUUGUGUAUGUUCAUGUGGAUGCAUUACGUAUGCAUAUACACAAACCCCCCCAAAUAAAUUGAAAUUAAAACCUAUUUGACCACCCCAA